AGUAUAAAAGUGCGUAUUUUUCGUUUUCAAGUCAAUACUUCUAACCUUUGUCUAGAAAUAUAUUUACGAUUAAGUGUUAUAAUGGCAGCCGAAAAUGUGCAAUUUAGUCAAAUUAAUACUUCUACUGGUAGGACGGAACACAAAACUCAAUAUCAGGAGAGGGAAAGUGCUUUCCUUUAAAAAGUCCGCUAGAGAAAUCUUUUAUUUAGACUUGAUUGCAUCAAAUGGAUAUAUGAAGCUGAAAUUAGAAAUGAACGAGCUGGAUGAUCUGUUUACACUGAGGGGGCACCUAGAGUCCCAAACGGCAUACUUUCCACAGCCGCUCCCCCAGCCACAGGAGCAGGUUAUUCUGAAAGAAAAUGUAGUGCCGGUUUAUACACCACCACCACCACCACCAGCAGCACCAGCACCACCAGCACCUUCCGCACCUCUAACAUUGAUAUAUGGAAACGAGGCCACUCCACUUCAAACAGACCCGAUGUGGAAUAAGGGAAGUACAAUUCCGGUGAGGGUGGCCACCAAGAGGCGAGAAGAAUCACUCCCGCAGUGGGUCAACAAGACUGCAAAGUAUGAGCAGGUGUCUCCUGUGAAAAACAAUCUGUACAAUCUAUCAGAGGAGGAGAUGGGAGCAUUUUUCCAGGCGAUGUGAUGUGACUAGUGAGGCGUUUAAAGGAAUAACAUUUUCAAAAUUUCAUUGGAGAUGGGAGCAUUUUUCCAGACGAUACAAAUACGAUGUGGUGUGACUAGUGAGGCGUUUAAAGGAAUAACAUUUUCAAAAUUCAUUACGGACAUAAUACAAACAAACUGAGACGGUUAGUUUUUUAAGAAUAUUUAAUAAAUACUAUCACUAAUAUGUGUCUAUCUUAUAAUGUCCAUAGGCAUAGCUUUCAAUUGGGUUCUUCCAGUAACGUUUAUCAUCAAAACUACACAGUCCUUUUUUCACAACGGUAUCCAUGAACAGUUCAUGAUUUUUACUUCUAAUGCAUGUCAUUGAAUUGGUGGUCGUAGUUUCUUCAUUUAAACAUUUCUUAUACAUUUCAUGUCGGAGAGUCUGUUUUAUUUCAGUUUUUGAAAUGCCUUUCGCCACUUUUUUUUCCUUUUCGCAUGUGAUACCUUCUGUAGAGGUCUGGUUAUACAAAAGGCUGUACAUUUUAGGUCUCAAGCCAACGAAUUCUUUUAAAGGAACACCUGAAAAGAUGU